AUGGCUGUCUUGGAUCUGAUUCGUGGAACUUUAAAAAGUUGGACAAAGUUAUGGUGUGUACUGAAGCCUGGAGUGCUGUUGAUCUACAAAACCCCAAAGAAUGGCCAGUGGGUGGGAACAGUGCUUCUGAAUGCUUGUGAACUCAUCGAACGGCCAUCAAAGAAGGACGGCUUUUGUUUUAAAGUCUUUCACCCUUUGGAACAGUCUAUUUGGGCUGUAAAGGGUCCUAAAGGUGAAACUGUUGGGUCCAUAACUCAACCACUGCCCAGUAGUUACCUGAUAUUUCGAGCUGCUUCAGAAUCUGAUGGAAGAUGUUGGAUGGAUGCUUUGGAACUUGCGCUGAAGUGUUCAAGUCUCCUUAAACGAACGAUGAUUAGAGAAGGCAAAGAAUCUGAUCCUUACACCUCGGAAAACUGCCAUGUGGCGCUUUUUGGUCUACUGCGAGCAAAUGCUCUCCAAAAUCCAGAACAUGACCAGUUAAAUGAAAGUGAGAUAGAACAGCAGCACUUCAGAGACCAUGACCUUUACUCGGAUAAGUCAGAUCGUGAGAAUGAGCCUGAUCAUGAGGAAUCAGAUAAUGAUGCACUUGAGAAAAGCGGAAAAAGUGAGGAAAGUGACUCUGACAUAUCAGAAAGACAUGAUGACCUGUACAGUGAUCUGCAGCCUGUGGAUACAGUUAAGGAAACAAGUUAUGUUGAAGAAAGCCAUGAAGAAUUGGGAGAGACAGGUGAAGAUUCUCAGACAGAAGUUGUAUCUGAAGAAAACAAAAGUCUGAUAUGGACUCUCCUGAAACAAGUUCGGCCAGGAAUGGACCUCUCGAAAGUAGUGCUGCCUACAUUUAUCCUGGAGCCGAGGUCAUUCCUAGACAAGUUAUCAGACUAUUACUACCAUGCAGACUUUCUAUCACAAGCUGCAGCAGAGGAAAACCCAUACAGUCGCUUGAAGAAAGUGACAAGAUGGUAUUUGUCUGGCUUCUACAAAAAACCAAAGGGCUUGAAAAAACCAUACAAUCCAAUUAUUGGUGAAACAUUCCGGUGUAUGUGGAUUCACCCAAAAGCGAACAGCAGGACAUUUUACAUUGCCGAACAGGUGUCUCAUCACCCUCCUGUGUCUGCAUUCUAUGUCAGUAAUAGAAAAGAUGGGUUUUGCAUCACUGGCAGCAUCUUGGCCAAAUCAAAAUUUUAUGGUAAUUCAUUAUCUGCCAUAUUAGAUGGUGAAGCUAGACUUUCAUUCCUCAACCGAGGAGAAGAUUAUAUGAUGAGUAUGCCCUAUGCUCAUUGUAAAGGAAUUGUUUAUGGUCCAAUGACUCUUGAACUUGGAGGCCAUGUUAAUAUCACCUGUGAGAAAACAGGGUACAGUGCAAUUAUCGAAUUCAAAUUGAAGCCAUUUUUAGGCAACAGCAACAAUGUUAACCAAAUAUUUGGAAAACUCAAGUUGGGAUCAGAGGUUUUGGCAACUCUGGAAGGACACUGGGAUGGUGAAGUAGUGAUUAAUGACAAAAAGACUGGUGUAUCAGAAGUAUUCUGGAACCCCACAUCUGAAAUCCGACAGCAGAGACUAACCAGGUGCACUGUGCUAUUUGAUGAGCAGGAGGACAUGGAGUCAGCAAGAUUGUGGCAACAUGUAACUCGUGCAAUACACAACAAGGACCAAAAUGAAGCUACUAGUGAAAAGUUUGUCCUGGAAGAAAAUCAACGUAAAGCUGCCAAACAGCGGAAAGCAAAGGGAGAGGAAUGGAUUCCUCGCUUGUUCGAACAAGAUCUAGUUACCGGAGAGUGGCAAUACAAAUAUGCAGACACCCGGCCUUGGGACCCACUCAAUGACCUCAUUCAGUAUGAAAAAGAAGGUGUCAUCCAGUCCAAAGUUUGGCACCGAACUCCAAUGGUCUCUGUACCAAAACGUACCCGGAAUAAGCAAAGUGGGCAGCAGAGCCCUGAAAGUGGAUGCUCCAGUCCAGAACUAGAUCAGCAAGACUCAUCGGAGAGUGAAAAGCAAAAGACAGCGAAGCACAGCACAAGGCUGAGGAAGAAAGCGAAUGAUCUUAGUGAAAUUCUGAGUGCCAUAGAUUCAAUAAAGCAUGCACAGGAGGAGAUCAACAGAAGUUUGACAGCUCUGAGGACUCGAACAGUGGCAAGCCAGUCUAAUGCAAAUCAAUCGCUUUUGCAGCACAGAGACUAUGUGGUUAUUAUCUUCCUUAUCCUGCUUCAAAUUAUUAUUAAUUCCAUAUUCAACUAACCAGAAUCAAACCACAGCCAUAUAUCAAAGCAACCUGGAUCAGUUUUCUUAAGGUUUGUUCUUCAUUAAAUGUAGAUCACUAACUACAAGAGUGCCAGGCAUUAUGUUGGACUAAAUGUGCUUCUAAUUUGAUGACAAAAUUCUUUGAACCAUUUUCAUUGCGUGUAUGAUAUUAUGUAUAUUUAAUUAUCCUACAGUCAAAUGCAAUGCUUCAAAACCAACUCUCUAUGCUCGCUGAUGCUCCAUAUAAUACUGGCUAGAUCAAUUUUCACAACUGUAGUUAAGCAGUUUUAGCAGAAGCCAUAAACUAAAUAAUGUGCAAACGUCAGAAUACCACUAACAGCAAAAAUACUCAUCCAAUAUACAGAAGUGCUUUUUGAAUAAUUUCUGAAUGCUGUUUUGAGAAUUCUGUUAACUGGGGUUUCGUUUAUGAAUGUUCAACUCCCUUAAAAGAGACAAGUGAGCUUAGCAUAAAGGUUUAGUUUGGAGUGUAAAAUACUUUUAGCAGGGUCCAAAGUAUAUUUGUAUUUAAAAGAUCAAAUGUAUUAUUUUGUGGCAGGAUGUUGAAGAAUGUAAAGCAGUGCCUUCUUGAUGAUUUCACACUGGGGUGUGUUCAGUAUAUGCUAAUAACAAAUAUGAUGGGGCUGUGCCAUUGGGGAAAAUGCCUUAACAUUCCAAAUGUGGAGUUUUGUCUUUAAGUUUAUUUUAAUGUCUCAAAUUGUCAUGACCAAACACUGCCAUUAAUACCUGUAUGGUAGCUUGUAAGGAUAGAUCUUAUUCUGGUCACCUCCAGUAUAAUUAAUCUGAACAUAGCUUUAACAAGUUGAGUUUAUUCCUGACGUUACAUCAAUUAUUCCUUUCAUGUGCAUGUUUGGUUAUGUGUAAUUUAUUUUGUCCGUCCCAACCUGUAGAAAUACCAGGACUGCACUGUCAUUCCUAUUCUGGGUGUAUUAUACAAAGGUUAUUUCUGUAAAUCUAGAAUGUGUUUAAAGCAGCAUCUUUCUAAAUGUUAUUGUUGCAUCAACCUAUGGUGACUGUUAAAAAAAAAGAUUAUGCUUUAAAGGACCAGUGUUGUACUUUUAAUGUAUUAAAAGAAGUUGGAAUGUGUGCUUGGAGAAAACCUUUGGUGGGAUCAUGUGAAAUGUUUUAUCAAUUAUACCUAUGUAUUUAUUCAUAAAACAAUCUUUUGUUAACUAAGAUUUAUCAAAGUUCUUUGUUUCCAUAAAUUCUGUAUUUUCAAAGGGUUCACUUGACCAAUAAAAUCUCUACACUAAUAAAACAGUAAA